AGAUAAGAGAUGAACGAAACACAAAGUCAGAAGAGAGCGGCGGUGAGUGAGCGAAGAAGAAGAUAAUAGAAGUUAGAUGGUGAUCAUCGGGAGGACCACAACUCUAGCUUUAAUCAUCCCUCGCUUACCCCUUCUUUGUACCAUAUCCUGCAGUCCUCGUCUCAGUGUUAGUAGCAAGUUGAGAAUGAGUACGAGCGCAAGCACUAACACGGGAGGAAGCGGCAAGUCAGCACUUGUAAUUCGGGAAUUUGUUAGUGUAGAAGGCGGCGUUGGCAAUGCCAGAGACGAAGCUGAUGCUAUCAGAUUCCGUCUUGUAUCAUACAACAUUUUAGCUCAGGUAUACGUCAAGAGCUCUCUGUUUCCACAUUCUCCGUCUCCCUGUCUUCGAUGGAAGGCUCGCUCACAGGUAAUUUUAACUCUUCUUAAAGACCUUGGAGCAGACUUUUAUUCCCUUCAGGAAGUAGAUGAGUUUGAUUCCUUUUACAAAACAAGUAUGGAGGACCUUGGGUAUUCCAGUAUAUAUGUUCAGAGAAGUGGACAGAAGCGUGAUGGAUGUGGAAUAUUUUAUAAGAAAAACUGUGCAGAAUUGCUUUUAGAGGAAACAAUAGAAUACAAUGAUCUUGUACCCUCGUUACAUGAUGAAGCCUACUUAUCUCCAGACAAGCAGAAUGCACCACUGACCAACAGAAAUAAUGGGGAUAGUUCAAAGCAAGAUUUUUCAGAAAAGUUCUCAAUUUUGUCAGUAAAAAGUAGUCCAGAGAAUCGUGGAGAUCCCAAUGAUCCACGUGUAAGAUUAAAGAGAGAUUGUGUAGGAAUUAUGGCUGCCUUUAAACUCAAGCAUCCUUUUCAUCAUGUUGUUAUUUUGGCAAACACUCAUCUUUAUUGGGAUCCAGAAUGGGCUGAUGUUAAGCUUGUCCAAGCCAAGUAUCUUUUAGCGCGCUUAGCUCAGUUUAAAACACUUGUAACAGACAGAUUUGAAUGUACUCCUUCGUUAAUUUUGACUGGUGACUUCAAUUCAACCCCUGGAGACAAGGUUUAUCAGUAUCUUAUUUCUGGUAACUCUACAUCAUCUGAUAGAUGUUUGGAAGAACUUCCUCUUCCCUUGUGCAGUGUUUAUGCUUCGACAAGAGGAGAACCACCAUUUACGAAUUGCACCCCUGAUUUUACUGAUACACUUGACUAUAUUUUCUUUUCCCCAUCUGACUGCCUAAAGCCUGUCAGCAUUCUCCAACUUCCAGAGUUGGAUUCACCUGAUGUUGCUGGUGCAUUGCCAAACUAUAGCCACCCAAGUGAUCAUCUGCCAAUAGGUGCUGAAUUUGAAAUUGCCAAAGACUAAAAUGUUCAAGCUGAGAAACGAGCGAAAAUCGGUUUACCAGAUAAGUUGAAUUUGCUUCGUUCGUUGUAUUCUUUUCUUUAUUUUUUGGAAUUUAGGACAUCCUAUACUAUUCUGGAGAUAAGGCACUUAAAGCCUGUAAAAGAAUUGACAAAGAAUAAAGCUGACUUCUUGUGGUUUUGGAUUUGGAUGGUCGUUAAUGGAGAGAAAUGGAAAUGGAAUUGCGUAAUAAGUUGGGCUUUGAUGUAUGAUACUUUGGUAUGGAAAUUGGUGUUGAAAGCCUGUUUUAAUUUUUAUACAAGGGAGAAAUGGUGCGAGUUGUGUAAGCACUGAGCAUCUCUUUUUGUUCUUUGUGGGGAUAAGGGAAAGUGGUAGUAGAGGAUCAAAAGCAAGAGACAAAUAAGGUAAAGAAUAGUAGCACUUGCCUUACCUCUCUAUUUUCAAAUUUCAAAAGUUUGUGCAGCAAAUGAGAAGGGGAUUUGAUAGACAAGCACCAAAACCAACACCAUCACCCAUUCAAAAAUUAUAAUCGCAACAGUAAUUUACAUCUCCAAACAAAUUAAAGGAGGGGGCAUUAGCAAAGGAAUAGCAUAUAUGUAAGAUUGCAAGUCAAUGCCAGUUAUAAAGAUCACUAGAACCUUUUUAGUUAUAUUCCCAAAGCAAUGAUAAACUUGAAUGCUCAUAGAUUAUGUGAAGUGAUGCAAAGUGAAGUUUCUCCCUAAAUACUAAGAGAAAGAAAUAUAGAAAAUGUUAUAAACAAACAAAUAUAUAUCCAUAAAAUUAGAUACAUUAACUAACAAUUGAGACAAUAAAACUUAAAAAAUUUCAAAGGGUUUAAAUAGCAAAUUCGCCUCUACAAGUGAUUGUUUGGUAGAUUGGAAAAAAUUGGGAUGAUAGAAAUUUGAAAGACUGAAAAAAAAAAAAGAAGAAGAAAAGAAAGAUAGAAAAUAUAAUGUAUUUUUUGACAAAUGUGCUCAAUAAGAAAAAAAUGGAAAAACAGUCAUCUCUUUUGUUUUAUUUCUUUUUUUACCAAGCACACUUUAAAAAUUGAUCUCCUUGUUUCAUAUGGGAGUCUCGUUCACAGGAAAUUCAUAAAUUCUCCUACUUAAAAUCCUUGGAGCAGACUACUAUUCCCUUCCACCCAAUGAAAUUCAUAAAUUCUCCUUCUUCUUUUUCCUACUCUCCUGCUUGGGCUCUUCCAUGCAUUGACUCAAUCUCUCUGCAUGCACUCAUGUAAUUUGAGUGCAUUUGUGCGUAUUAUUCUGAUUUGCCUUUUACAAAACAAGUAUGGAGGACCUUGGGUAUUCUAGUAAUAUGUUUAGAGAAGUGGACAGAAGCCUGAUGGAUGUGGAAUAUUUUAUAAGAAAAACUGGUAUGCUUAAACUACCUAUUUUUCUCUCGAAACAAUUUCCUUCAACAUAUAAUACUAGAAUUAUUCUAGAAUAUAUACUAGAAUUUUGUCUCAUUUUUAGGUAAAGCUGGCAUACUAUCUUAUUUUCCAAGCUACCAUUGCACAAUUGUUUCAGUGCAGAAUUGCUCUUAGAGGAAACAAUAGAAUACAAUGAUCUUGUACCCUUAGACAAGCAGAAUGCACCACUGACCGACAGAUGGGGAUGGUCCAAAGAAUUAGAAAGAUUUGCUGGGAAAAAUGUAGUCCAGAGCAUCGCGGGGACCCCAAUGAUCCAUGUGGAAGAUUGAAAAGAGAUUGUGUAGGAAUUAUGGCUGCCUUUAAACUCAAGCAACCUUUUCAUCACGCCGUUGCCCAUCUUUAUUGGGAUCCAAGAUUGGCUGAUGUUAAGCUUGCCCAAGCCGAGUAUCUUUUAGCACGCUUAGCUCAGUUUAAGACACUUGUAACAGACAGAUUUGAAUGUACUCCUUCAUUAAUUUUGACUGGUGACUUCAACUCAACUCCUGGACAAGGUUUUUCAGUAUCUUAUUUCUGGUAACUCUACAUCAACGGAUAGAUGUUUGGAAGAACUUCCCCUUCCCUUGUGCAGUGUUUAUGCUUCGACAAGAGGAGAACCACUAUUUACGACCUACACCCCCACCUUUACUAAUACACUUGACUAUAUUUUCUUUUCCCCAUCUGACAGCCUAAUGCCUGUCAGCAUUCUCCAACUUCCAGAGUUGGAUUCUGGUGCAUUGUCAAACUAUAGCCACCCAAGUGAUCAUCUGCCAAUAGGUGCUAAAUUUGAAAUUACCAAAGACCAAAUGUUCAUACUGAGAAAUGAACGAAAAUCUGUUUACCAGAAAAACUGAAUUUGCUUUGUUUUUUGUAUUCUUUACUUCACUUUUCCUUAUUUUCCAUAUUCAUUUCUUUGGAAUUUAGGAUAUCCUGUACUAUUUUGGAUAAAUGGGACUGGUUUUGUGAUUUGUGUAUGUAUUUUUAAAGCCUGUAAAAUAAUAUACAAAUAAUAAAGCAGACAUUUUUUGGUUUU